AUGAGCCACGAACACAAUGCAUUCACGGCUGCCAACCGCGAAACUUGGGACUCAAAAGCAAAAGACUACGACGCCAAACCAUGGCAAAAGAAGAUAGCUGCACAAGUAGCUUCGGCAUUGGACACUCAUACUACCUGGCUAGCCGCAAACUGGAUUUCUGAGGGCAACAAAGAAUGCAGAUUACUGGACUAUGCAUGUGGGACUGGUAGUGUAACUAGAGCUUUGAGCUCCCAAAUCACACACGCAACAGGCCUAGACAUCUCAUCACAGAUGCUGCACCAAUACACAACUCUCCUCUCCUCAUCGCACCCUCAUCUUUCCCUCUCCACCGCAAUCACAGAUUUCUGCUCUACUGCAACACCCGAAUACUCGAAUACCUCAGCCACCUUUGGUUCUUCGGCGCAUUACGAUGUAGCAGGCGUAGCACUGGGUUUCCACCACUUCAGCGACCCUUCCCUCUGCAUUUCUAAUCUUUACGCUUCGCUGAAAAAGGGAGGAGUACUUUUUAUCGUUGAUUGGUUGCCCAAAGAGGUGAAGAGGGAUGAACAUAUUGGGUCUGCACAUGCACAUGCCCACCCUUCUGCUCAUUCCUCCAACCACUCUGCCCAACCCUCUGCUCAGCAAAAAGACAAAGAUACAGAAGAGUGGAAGAAGAUGGAAAAGACAAUCAAGACUAAUGGGUUUGGUGAGAGUGAUAUGAAGGCAUUUUUCGAAGGAGCAGGCUUCACGGACUUUGGAUUCGUGGUGUUGGAGGAGAAAUUCUUGUUGCAGAUGAAUGGGAAGGAAGUCGCCAAGACGGGGUUUGUUGCCAAAGGCAGGAAGGUGUAG